AGAAAUAUCACAGGCAGGACUCUCUCACAGUCUCACUAGAAAGAAAGAAACAAAGAUAGAAAGAAAGAAGGAAGAAUCAAACGAUAGAGCCGAAUUGAGAAAGGUACGCUUCAAAACCCUAGAAGUAGAAUUCCAAUUUAAGGGCUCUGUGUAGCUCAAAAACAGGUAGUGUUACAUAUAGAUAUGAACAUGAUUGCAUGCGUGUGCUAGUGAGGUGUUUGAUUGAAUGGGGAAAGGAAGACCCAGGGCUGUAGAGAAAGGGGUAUUAGGGCAGAGUUCAACAGUGGCUUCGUCAGGGUGGUUCAUUGAGUAUUCCAUCGGCGCCAGUGUAUUACCCAACCGAGGAGGAAUUCAAGGACCCUUUGGAGUUUAUAGAUAAGAUCAGGGCAGAAGCUGAGCCGUAUGGGAUUUGUAGGGUUGUUCCGCCCAAGAGUUGGAAGCCCCCCUUUGCGCUUGAUUUGGAUUCUUUUGCAUUUCCGACGAAAACCCAGGCCAUUCACCAGUUGCAGGUGAGGCCUGCGGCUUGUGAUCCCAAGACAUUUGAAUUGGAGUAUAAUAGGUUUCUGGAGGGCCAUUGUGUCAGGAAGUCGAAGAGGAAGAUAGUAUUUGAAGGGGAGGAUUUGGAUUUGUGUAGAUUGUUCAAUGGCGUGAAACGGUAUGGUGGUUAUGAUAAGGUUGUGACAGAAAAGAAGUGGGGGGAGGUUUCUCGGUUUGUGCGGCCAGUAGGAAAGAUUUCGGAGUGCUCAAAGCAUGUAUUGUGUCAGUUGUAUAGAGAACAUUUGUAUGAUUAUGAGAAUUAUUAUAGUCAUUUGAACCAAGAGAAAGCUAAUGGUUGCAAGAGAGGAACGCUUGGUCCUAGGAGAAACCAACAGAGCUGUGAUCUUUUGAAUUCUAAACGGAGGAGAAAGAAUCUUGAGGGGGAAAAAGUCAAAGCAUGUAAGGCAGAGAAGGAAGAGCUUGAUCAGAUUUGCGAACAAUGCAGGAGUGGGUUGCAUGGGGAAGUAAUGCUGUUGUGUGAUAGAUGCAAUAAAGGCUGGCACAUACAUUGUUUGUCGCCACCUUUGAAGCAGGUUCCCCCUGGGAAUUGGUAUUGCUUAGAGUGCUUGAAUUCAGAUAAGGAUAGCUUUGGUUUUGUGCCUGGUAAGAAAUUCUCAUUGGAAUCUUUCAGGCGCCUGGCUGAUCGGGCCAAGAGAAAAUGGUUUGGAUCUGCACCAGCUUCGAGGGUGCAGUUGGAGAAAAAGUUUUGGGAAAUUGUAGAAGGAUCAACAGGGGAGGUUGAAGUUAUGUAUGGCAGUGACCUGGAUACGUCUGUGUAUGGAAGUGGUUUUCCACGCAUAAAUGAUCAAAAACCAGUUUCCAUUGAUGUUGAGAAAUGGAAUGAAUAUUGUGGUAGCCCCUGGAAUCUCAAUAACUUGCCCAAGCUACGGGGGUCAAUGCUUCAAGCUGUUCAUCAUAAUAUUGCUGGUGUCAUGGUGCCUUGGCUUUACAUUGGGAUGCUCUUCUCAUCAUUCUGCUGGCAUUUUGAAGACCACUGUUUCUACUCAAUGAAUUACCUCCACUGGGGAGAGCCAAAGUGUUGGUACAGUGUCCCUGGAAACGAAGCCAGUGCUUUUGAGACGGUAAUGCGGAACAGUCUUCCUGAUUUAUUUGAUGCGCAACCAGAUUUGCUUUUUCAGCUUGUAACUAUGCUGAAUCCAUCUGUCCUAGUAGAAAAUGGUGUUCCAGUUUAUAGUGUACUGCAGGAGCCUGGGAGCUUUGUGAUCACUUUUCCCAGAUCUUACCAUGGAGGUUUUAAUUUUGGCCUAAAUUGUGCUGAGGCAGUCAAUUUUGCUCCUGCUGAUUGGCUUCCACAUGGUGGAUCUGGAGCAGAACUAUACCGGCUGUAUCAUAAAGCUGCUGUUUUAUCUCAUGAUGAGCUUCUUUGUGUGGUUGUCAAGAGUGACUUUGAUAGCAAAGCAUCACCUUACAUAAAAAAAGAACUGCAAAGAAUAUAUGAUAAAGAGAAAUCUUGUAGGGAGACUCUUUGGAAAAAUGGCAUUGUUAAUUCAUCUUUGAUGAAACCAAGAAAUCACCCUGAAUAUGUGGGUACUGAAGAGGAUCCUACAUGCAUCAUAUGCCAACAAUAUCUGUAUCUUUCUGCUGUUGUUUGCCGCUGUAGGCCAUCUGCUUUUGUUUGUCUGGAGCAUUGGGAGCACCUUUGUGAAUGCAAGCCCAACAAACAUCGGCUUCUUUAUCGUCAUACACUUACAGAUUUGAAGGAUUUGGUAAUAAUGACUGAUAAACAUAUUUCUGGGGAAACAGAGCAAGUUAGAAAUUUGAGAAGGCAAACUCUUUCUUUCGAUGGAAUGGGUGCUUUGACAAAAAAGGUAAAAGGUGGCCAUGUCACUCUGGGUCAGCUUGCAAAAAAAUGGUUUCUGAGCUCUCGUAAGAUUCUUCAGAUUCCAUAUUCCAGGGAAUCUUAUUUGAAAGCAUUGAAGGAAGCUGAGCAAUUUCUUUGGGCUGGUUCAGAAAUGGAUCCGGUGCGAGAAAUGACAAAAAACUUGGUUAAGGGUCAAAAAUGGGCUGAAGAUGUUAGGGAUUGCCUUUCUAAAGUUGAAAAGUUGUCAUGUGAUCACAGACAUGAUACUGAAAAAGUGAAACUGGAGCAUGUUACAAAUUUACUCACUUUUGAUCCAGCACCUUGUAAUGAGCCUGCAAUUCUUAAACUGAAGGAUUAUGAAGUAGAAGCUAGAGUGUUGUGUCGAGAAAUUAAUUCUGCCCUCUCAACAUCCUCAAGUGUUUCUACUGCAGAUUUAGAAAUCUUGUACACCAGGGUUUGUGACUCACCAAUAUACAUCAGUGAAAGUGAAAAAUUAUCAGAGAGGUUAUCUUCUGCAAAGGUGUGGAGAGAGAGUGUCAGAAAGUGCAUCUCAGAGAAAUUACCUGCUGCAAUUGAAACAAACAUGCUCUACAAGUUACAGUCAGAGAUUUCGGAACUUCCUGUUCAGCUUCCUGAAGUCAAAAUGCUGUUGGGCUUAAUAAGGCAAGUUGAAUCAUGUGUGGCUCGAUGCAAUGAAAUGUUGAAGGGUCCCAUAAAUCUAAAGAAACUUGAGGCAUUUCUUCAAGAAUACAGCGAUUUCAUUGUUAACAUUCCACAGUUAAAACUUUUGGGGCAAUAUCAUAGUGAUGCCAUCUCAUGGAUUUCUCAUUUUAAUGAUGUUUUAAUAAACAUUCAUGAACGGGAGGAUCAAGUGAAUGUUGUAAAUGAGUUGACUUGCAUUCAAAGAGAUGGAGCAUUGUUGAAAAUUCAAGUUGAUGAGUUGUCUCAUGUUGAGAUUGAGUUGAAGAAAGCCCAUUGCAGGGUAAAGGCCCUCAAGGCUCUUGGUAGUAGGAUGCCUUUGGAGUUCAUCCGUGAAGUAAUAAUGGAGUCAAACAUACUGCAGAUUGAAAAGGAGAGAUUGUUUGGUAAUAUUUCUAGAAUACGGACUGCUGCUGUGAAUUGGGAAGAAAGAGCAUUAUAUAUUCUUGCUAGUAAAGCUCAGAAGUCAGAUUUUGAGGAUGCUAUAAGGGCUUCUGAGGACAUUUGUGCUUUGCUACCUUCUCUUGGUGUUGUCAAGGAAGCAUUGUCAUUGGCCAACUUGUGGCUAGAGAAAGCUGAGCCAUUUUUGGUGUCAAAUAUAUCUGUUCGAGCUGCAUCAAAUUCUCUGCUGAAAUUUGAGGAUCUUAAGGAGUUAGUUUCACAGUCGAAGCUUCUGAAGAUAUCUCUGAGACAAUUACCAAUGCUUCAAAGAGUUUUGGAUAAUUGCAUUAAAUGGGAGAAUGAUGCUCGCUCAUCACUCUAUGCUGUAGAGCACUUCCUAAGAAAUGAUAAUAUUGAUGAUGGAAUUACCAGUGGUCUUGUGUCAAAAAUUGAACAGCAAGUUACCGCAAUGGAAUCCAUCAUCAAAGCCGGCUUGUCUCUUGGUUUAGACUUUGGCGAGAUUCCAAAACUUCAAGAUGCUUGUUCUACUCUAAAUUGGUGCUUGAAGACUCUUUCUUUCUGUUCUGCUGUUCCCCUGCUUGAGGAAGUUGAGAUGUUGAUGGAGGUUGCAAGCAAUGUUCCUGUUACAUAUGCAUCUAGUUCUUUGUUUGGCUUGUUAAUUGAUGGGGUACAUUGGCUCAAGGAAGCUGCUGAAAUUUCUUUACCAUGCCGAACUAGAAACUUCAAGUUGUCUGAUGCUGAAUAUGUUCUUGGCCAAUCUAAGGAAAUUAAGGUGUCCUUUCCUUCAAUGGUCAGUCAACUUGCCAAUGUUAUCAAGAAACAUAAUUUGUGGCGAGAGCAAGUGCAUCAAUUCCUCAGCCUAGAGCCUGGCAAUCGGACAUGGAGUUUGUUGCUAGAGCUGAAGGGGCUUGGGAGCACUGAUGCCUUUAAUUGCUCUGAACUAGAUAUGGUUUCUUCUAAAGUCCAAAAGGUUGAGAAAUGGAAGCAAUGCUGUGAGAACAUUGCUGGUACGCCAAUUGUAGAUGCUCAAACUCUCUCCCAUGCUUUAUUACAGAUAAAAGGUACUCUUGAUAGAUCCUUGUCCAUAUGUGGUGCUUCUAAGGGACAAAAGGCAACAGAACUAUCUGUGUGCUGCUCCAAUAACUUUGAUAAUCAGGAUAUUCUGGCUUGUUCAGUUUGCAAGGACUGCUACCAUCUUCAAUGCCAUGGACCAUCGCUGGCUGACAGAAAAGUUGCCACAUCAUUCAUUUGUCAUUAUUGCCACUUUGUGGGGAGUGGAAGAUUAUCUCAAAAUGGAGUCGAUAAACUGAGAUUUGGAAGGACGCGUACUGAACUGAGUAAGCUUGUGGAACUUCUAACUGAUGCUGAUAAUCUCUCUAUAUGGAUUGAAGAGAUAAAUGUACUUAAGCAACUUGUGGAGAAAGCUAUUGAGUGGAAAGCUUGCUUAACCGAAGUGUUGGAUUCUGCACUAGCUUGUCAUGGUGAAGAUCUCUUCAUUGCUGCUGGAAAACUAUCCACUGCUAUGAAGGUAGUAGAAUUGGCUGGCAUUUAUGAUUAUCAGGUUAAUUGCAAAUUUGACCUAGCAUUAGCAAGAAACUCAUGGAGAGUCCGAGCCAAUAAACUGCUAGGAGGUCUAAAAAGGCCCACAAUCCAACACAUCCAGCAACAUUUGAAAGAGGGCCUGACUAUAAGCAUCCCUUCGGAGGAUCACUUCUGGCAGAAACUCACUGGAGUGAAACAUAAUUGUAUACAGUGGAUAGAAAAGGCCAAGGAGGUUUCAACAGACUGUGGAGCUCUUGGAUUGGAUAAAGUUUUUGAAUUGAUUGCAGAGGGUAAAAAUUUGCCUGUUAACGUUGAGAGGGAACUGAAGUUAUUAAGAGAUCGAAGCAUGCUUUACUGCAUUUGUCGGAAGCCUGAUGAUCAGAAACCAAUGAUUGCUUGUGAUAAGUGUGACGAAUGGUAUCACUUUGCCUGCAUUAAACUAACUUCAGCACCAAAGAUUUUUAUAUGUCCCGCAUGUAACCUUCAUCCGGAGGACUUGUAUUCAUUACCAAUGACGCAAGACAGAUUGAUUGGCUCGAGAUGCGAAGAGCCUCAAACACCGUCUCCCCGGCAUAGAGAGUUGAGAUUCAAGUCCCAAAAACCCAACUCCAGGACAAAGCUAAAGUUGCCGGUAGCCGGUGAUGAUGGUAGUGAUGAGGUGAGGCAUUAUAGAGGGACUGAAUUUUUGUUCUGGAGAAACCGCAAGCGGUUUAGAAGAGCAGCUAGGAAACGUUCACAGCUUGAUAGUCUUUCUCCAUUUAUUCAUAUUCAAGAUCACGAAUGAUUAGCAAACAUAUAGAUGUACAACAGUCAUUCAAUUCAUUCAAUUGAUUCUUAUCUUUUGAUCUGUCUUCCUCCUCCUCCCCAAGCGGGGCCUGAGUCUGCAUUUUACCCAUUAAAGAGAAUGAUAAUCCGAUUGUUGUUUC